UCUGGCAAUUCAUUCGAAGAUCGCCAGCAAGCGAAACCAGUACUAUCGGGAGUGUAACGAUAGAUUUCACCAUGAGUUUCAAUAAAGAUGAAUUAGAGCUGCCCAAAUGGGUUGAUAGUGACUUUCUACGAACGGUUAUUGAAGAGGGCGGAAAAGGGAAAAAUGUUCAGAUUCACAACUAUGAAAGCACUCCUGCUACGGCACUUGGCGACCAUUUUGCCAGCAUAAUGUUUCGCAUUAAAGUUACUUUUGCUGCCGAUGGGAUUGCGAAUGGAAUUAUUUCCUUAAUCUUAAAAACUUGUCCAGAUGAUGAUGGAUUGAAGAAAGAACUGCUCGAUAGUAUAGAUGUUUUUGGCAUGGAAAUACAUAUGUAUUCACAAGUCCUGACUGAAUGUAGGGACACUUUGGAAAAAUGUGGAUACACGGAUCUGCUCGCACCAAGAGUCAUAUAUUCUUCAUUGACGCCACAUAAAGCUAUAAUUUUUGAAGAUCUUAGAGAACUUGGAUACUUUAUGCUGCCUCACAAUAUCCCGAAUGAGCAUGAAACAAGACUUAUUUUUUCCAAAGUGGCUCAAUACCAUGCCGUUACGUUUAAAAUGAAAGCCGAUGGCCGAAGUGAUCUCAACUUCAAAGCGACCAUUUUCGGUUUAUCGGUCGGCAGAAAAAUGGAUUUUUUCCUAACAGGACCAAAAUUCUUGGCGGAAGUAAUGGAGACUUUUCCUGGCUUCGAAUCAUGUGCAAAUAAAUUGCACAAAAUUACAGCAGAUUGGUUAAUGGAUAAAUGCAUAAAGAUUGUCAAUCAGCCAGCAGUGUAUAGCGUUCUCAACCAUGGCGACUUCCACGUACGCAAUAUGAUGUUCAAAAGGAAUGUAUUUAAUGCUAUUUCCGAGAUUGCUCUGGUUGACUUUCAAGGCCCUCAUUGGGGAUCACCGGCCUAUGAUUUGGUUUAUAUGGCCGCUGUCCUGCCAUAUGAAUUCCGUGAGAUUGCAUUCAGGCAUUAUUUCAACAUCUUUAUUGAUGUCCUGGUGAAAACUGGAUACGAGGGUGAACUGCCCACAUACGAACAAUUGCAAGAAGAAAUCAAAGCUUACAGCUAUUUGGAACUAUACUUUCAAUCAACGUUGGCAGUAUUCGUACACAUGGAUAGAAGCAAGAUGGAUUUUGAAAUGGAAGCACUUAUGGUUGAUCCAGUUGUAAGGAGGAGCUUAUAUAAUGAUGAAAAAUACAUUGCCCAUAUCAAGGACACUGUACCAAAGCUAUUGGAUGUCAUUGACAUUGAAUGAAACCAAUUAUAUUAGGAAAUUUCCUUAAAAAAUG